AGUAAAAUUAGAGCAAUGAUUAUAAGGCGUAACCUCAUAAUUUACUGGUGGGGUCCCUCCCCACUACCCCCUCUCUCUAAUCCCACUAACACCACUCGCUCGCGUCGCGCAAUCUAUAUAAACACAAUCAAUCCCAUUCUCGUAUUUGUGUCCCAAUUAAUUCUCUCACUCUCACUCCCAAACCCAAACAUGAAUUGCUCCCAUCUCCUGUGCUGCUUCCUUGUGGCGACCAUCCAAAUCCACUCCGUUGUCUCAGAGUCCGGCAGCGUGGGAAUAAACUACGGUCGCAUCGCCGACAACCUCCCCUCCCCCGCCCAAGUGGUGCAACUCCUUAAAGCGCAGGGUAUCACCAAGGUGAAGCUCUACGACACUGACUCCGCCGUCCUGACCGCCUUCUCUGGUUCCGGCAUCUCCCUCACCGUUGCCCUCCCCAACGAGCAGCUCUCCUCCGCCGCCGCCGACACCUCCUUCACCGACGCCUGGGUCCAGUCCAACAUCCUCCCCUACCACCCCAACACCACCAUCGAGGCCAUCGCCGUAGGCAACGAGGUCUUCGUAGACCCCAACAACACCACCGCCUUCCUCGUCCCCGCCAUGAAGAACGUCCACGCCUCCCUCGCCAACCACAACCUCUCCUCCGCCAUCAAAAUCUCCUCGCCCCUCGCUCUCAGCGCGCUCCACACGUCCUACCCCUCCUCCGCCGGCGCCUUCAAGCCGGAGCUGGUCGAACCGGUCAUCAAACCGAUGCUCGCCUUUCUCAAACAAACCGGUUCUUAUCUGAUGGUGAAUGCCUACCCAUUCUUCGCCUACAUCGCCAACACCGACACCAUCUCGCUCGACUACGCCUUGCUCCGUGAUAACGCCGGCAACAAGGACCCCAACAACGGCCUCCUCUACAAGACCUUAUUCGAAGCCCAGACCGACGCCGUCUUCGCCGCCAUGUCCGCCGUCGGCUUCGACGACGUCGGAAUGGUCGUCUCCGAGACCGGGUGGCCUUCCAAGGGCGACGAAAACGAGGUUGGCGCGGGUCCCGAGAACGCGGCUGCCUACAACGGUAACCUCGUCCGCCGCGUGCUGACCGGCGGCGGGACCCCGCUCCGGCCCAAGGAACCCCUCAACGUAUAUCUAUUCGCUCUUUUCAAUGAAGACCAGAAGCCCGGCGCCACUUCAGAGAGGAACUACGGCCUCUUCUACCCGAACCAACGCAAGGUUUACGACAUCCCGCUGACGGUGGAGGCCCUGAAAGGUGCUCCCAAUUUGACAGAGAGCAAAACUCAGGUGGAGGCCGCGGGGCAGACAUGGUGCGUGGCCAACGACAAGGCCGGGGAGAAGAAGCUGCAGAAAGCCAUGGAUUACGCUUGUGGUGAAGGGGGUGCUGACUGCCGUCCGAUCCAGCCCGAGGCCACGUGUUACAAUCCCAACACCGUGGAGGCGCACGCGUCCUACGCAUUCAACAGCUAUUAUCAGAAGAACUCGCGGCGGAGCGGGGCCUGUGAUUUCGGUGGCGCCGCCUACGUCGUCACCCACCCUCCUAAAUUUGGGAGCUGCGAAUUCCCCACGGGUUACUAAAUUGCACGUUUUUGGGAGAUAGUAUGAACAAGUUGUGGAAUUUGAUCAUUUAUUUGUUAAUGAUAGUAGUAGCAUUUUUUUAUUAUGCAGUAGAAUUGGCGUUAUUGUUUUAGAUUAGUACAUAUUCUAUAUUGUAUUCUUUAGUUUAUGUUAUAUGUUUCAUACGUUUUAUAUGUUUCUUAUUAAUAUCACAUAUACACAACAUAUAAAAUGAGUUACUAUCAUUUAAAA